ACGGGCGAUAGAAAACAUACUUUACUAUCAAUUCAUGCACGUAAAACUACAGAAAAUAUGAGAAAAAGUUGAGUUUUACUGAAUUGUUAACGCGUGCGCACACGGAGUCUGGAGAAAGUAGAGGAUUGGACGCAUUUCGGACCAGGCUGUAAUUGUUGGAGACUCGGUUCUUUGUGUCGCCGCUGAGCGAUUUUAUCGUGUGAAUAAAAGGCCUCCAAGAUAGAUUCCCUCAAGACUACAGUGGACCUGCUGCGCCUCCCUCUGACCCUCUCCUCCAAAUCCAUCAGCGAUCGCAAGAGCCAUCUGGGCGUGGUCUGGGAGAAAGGUGGCGGCUCUGGAGUGAGAAGGGCUCGGACACUCCACCCACCACCAGCCUCUGACAUGGACAACGAGUCGGUAUACUCGGCGUACUCCUACAAGUCGUCUCAGUCCCGUACGUCCCGCAAGUACAGAGAGAGGAGGGACAAGCUCCGCCCCAAGAGUCGCAACAGUAGCAUCCGUGGAGAUAAAUCAGUCAGCAUCCAGGCUCCAGGGGAACCGCUGCUGGAUGCAGAGUACUCCCGAGGAGAUGACAGGGACGACAACUGGGGCGAGACCACCACAGUGGUCACUGGCACCUCCGUGGACAGCAUUUCCAACGAGGACCUGACGCGGCUCUCUAAGGACCUGGAUGAACCGUCACCACUGGCAUGUCGCCGUUACCUCGGUGUAGCAUUGAGCGCCACCCUGGGGCUCUUCGCUCUGGUUACCCCGCUGGCCUUUCUGGCCCUGCCACAGCUGUUGUGGCGGGAUAAACUGGACCCCUGCGGUACUCCUUGUGAGGGCCUCUACAUUUCUCUGUCGUUUAAACUCCUGAUCCUCUUCAUCUCUACCUGGGCGCUAUUCCUCCGCCCGCCCAGAGCCACUCUACCACGUUUCUUCAUCUUCCGCUGCCUACUCCUGGCGCUGGUCUUUCUUUUUGUGGCGUCCUACUGGCUCUUCUACGGUGUGCGGGUGCUGGACCCCAAAGAGACAGACUACAGGGGAAUUGUGGGAUAUGCAGCAUCUCUGGUGGACGCUCUGCUGUUCAUCCAGUACCUGGCCCUGGUGCUGCUGGAGAUCAGACACCUGCAACCAGCUUUCAGUCUGAAGGUUGUGAGGACAACAGAUGGAGCUUGUCACUUCUACAACGUGGGACCUCUAAGUAUUCAACGUGCAGCAGCCUGGGUUUUGGACCAGUACUACAGCGACUUCCCGGUUCACAACCCAUCCCUACUUAACCUGCCCAAGUCCAUCCUCACCAGAAAGAUGUCAGCCUUUAAGGUCUACAACCUAGAAGAAGAAAACAGCACCAGCCCAUCUACUGGUCAGUCCAGGGCAGUGAUUGCUGCCAAUGUUCGAAAGAGAGACAACUCGUACAGUGAGUACUACUAUGAGGAGGUGGAGGUGGAGCGGAGGAUCCGCAAACGCAAGGCCAGACUCGUGGUGGCCGUAGAGGAAGCCUUCACCCACAUCAAGCGACACCAAGAGGACCCCGCGGCUGCAGCGUCCUCAGCUAAACAACCGCGGGAGGUGAUGGAGCCGAGGGAGGCGGCUCAGGCCAUCUUUGCUCCAAUGGCUCGGGCCAUGCAGAAAUACCUGCGAGCCACCAGACAACAGAGCUACCACAGCAUGGAGAAUAUUAUCAACCACCUGCAGUUCUGCAUCACCCACAACAUGACGCCCAAGGCUUUUCUGGAGUGUUACCUCAAGCCUGGUCCCACCAUCCAGUACCAUGACAGCAGCAGCCGGGGGCGCCAGUGGACAUUAGUGAGUGAGGAACCUGUGACGGCGCUUCUCCGUCAGGGCGUGGUCUUCUCUCUGAAACGGCAAGACUUUUCUCUGGUCGUCAUGGUGACUGAUCUUCCCUUCCUGCAUCUGUCCGAGGAGUUUGUUGACCCCAAGAGUCACAAGUUUGUUAUGAAACUGCAGUCAGAGACAUCUGUGUAGGGGGUAUAGAUGAGGAGGAGGAAGUCAGACUAUGGAGGAGCAGAUUUUUCUUUCAAUUCUGACUGUUUUCUUUUUAUAUAUUUUUUUUUAUUAAUGUUGAAUUUUUGAGUGUUUUUCUUACAGAAAGAAUUGUUUGGUUUAGUCACAAAUAAAAACAGGUGUUAAACACACACAUCUAUCUGCUGUUAUUUGUUUUAGUGUUCUCGCAAAACACUGAGAACUCUGAAGUGAUCAUGAUUAAUCAUUCUUAUUCACAAUGAAUCAUUCAUUAGUUAGUCCCAAGCUAACCUGUAAUUAAUCAGAUGUAAAACGUUGGAGAACCACUGCUAUAAAACUCGAUAAAUACUGUCAUAGUUAUAAUGUUCUGUUCAAUGGUUACGAGGGGGUGAUAGUUACGGGAGGUGGGGGGAAGUGCGUGUGUGGGUGUGCGACCGAGAGGUGAAGCUGGGGUGAGAGCAAGAGAGGAGUUGUUACGAGUUUCUGCAAUUGUUAUCUUCAAUAAAAGUUCUUCCAAGUACAGAGUCAUUGGACUGGUCUGUCACUGGGGUGGUAGAGUAGCAUAAACACUCCCAGCUGACUGGGAGUUUUCUUUCAUUUCUUCCCCUUUUGUGGCGGUAAAUCACAUGUACACAUGUCAUGUGCUAAAUAAAGAACUUAAACUGUGUUUCUUUUUCCUCCUGAUAAAAUUCAUGACACAAAAGUGACUGUGAACCCAGGGCCAUGUACUUUAUCCACCUCAACCACUUCCCCUGUUCACCCUGACCACCGACGUACAGUAAACAAAAGAGUACAUUCAUAGCUUAUAGAUAGCCUGCUUUUCACCCAACAAUAGUCCAUCAGCUUGCUCUAUCGGCUAGAAAAAUGGCCACUGUUUAGUCAUUUUGCCUGAGUUUUUAAGUUGUCCUUAUUGCUAAUAUUUAACAAACAAUUAUAACAAGUCACUAUUUUGUAUUUAGCAAUUUCUUGGUUUCAUUUAAACUACCAUCCAGCCUCCUUCUGAGCUUCAUUUAAGCUACCUUCUUGGCUAAGUUCAGCUACUGUGUACGCCUGGCUUCCUCACUUAUAUGUACCUUAGUUAUUUUUAACAAUGUACUGUACUGGCUAAGUUUUAUCAAUAACCUGGCUUACUUUUAGCCAUACCUUGGCUACCUUUAAGUAAUCAUGGCUCCUCCAAACAAUCUUCUUGGGUCAUCAAAACAUCAAAAAACAUAGAUAUAAACAAAUAUUGAUAAUAUAAAAUAAUAAUAAUUAAGAAAACAUUUUAUAUUGCAUAUUCGUAUUUCGAACAUGAAAUAACAAAAAACAAAAUAAAACAUAACAUAUGCAACUAUUAUUAAAAUACAUAAAUAAUUAAAUAUAAUAUUAUAUUUAAUUAUGUGAAAAAAAAAUGUGAAAAAAAAAAGGAAAUGACAUCAUGGGUCUGACAAAAAGACUCAUGAUAAAGAAUAAGGAAGUUUCCAGAAAAACGUCCAUCAUUGUCUUUACAGCACUCUGCCUCAUUAUGAGACUUUAUGCCACUCUUUUGCUAAUUCUCAAGGUGGCUCUUGCUCAAACAACCCUUGAGGUCAUUGGCUUCGUUGGACAAAGUGUCACCUUGCCCUCCAGAGCGGACGUGACAUUGUCUUACUCUUUUAUCGAGUGAUCAAUUUUCACCAACAAAACAUUUUUGGCGACCUUCCGCAAUGGAAACAAGAACAUAGUGGAUUUAUACAAAUCAAGGCUUAGGUUUAACACAACGACAGGGAACCUAGAAAUACUGAAUUUAUCCCAAGCCGAUGCCAUGGAAUACACUGUGAGUUUUAAAACUGCCAGCUUAAGAACAACAAACAAGAUCCUGCUCAGAGUCCACAAGCCCCUUAAGAAACCAACGAUUAAGAUGCACAGCUUCUCACCUGACCUUUGGGUGAUGCUGCUCUGCUCCUCUGAAAAUGAAGGUGUUUCCUACUCCUGGCAGAUGACACCUUCCUCCAGCUCCUUGCAGUCUCCCAACAACUCCCAGGUGUUUGCCACGAUCCUGAACAGCACAGUGGGCCACGUGGAGUUCACCUGCACCUGCAGCAGGGGCAGGCAAACCGUGUCAACCACUGUCCCUCUUGUUGCAGAUGGAACUCUCCUGCUACUGCGGAAGUCUGAGCGACUGCCUAGAAUUUGUAUUGUCUCAGUUUGUUUCGGUUUAGCUCUGACAGCUGUAUUCCUAAUAAUAUAUGGCAAAAGGUGAGCGGAAACUCAAAAGACAAGCAAGUUUGGUUCAGCUUUCUGUGGACAUUGGUCCAGAGGUAGAGUACACUUUACUCAACAAAAAACCUAUGGUAACAUAGUCGUGCAGUUCCCUCUUUCUCCCACCAUCUUCAAAAGGCCUCAUUUUUGCAUUGGUACAAUCCCGUCUUCAUCAAAACUAAUAUGUAACAUUUUACUGUAAAAAUUGUACCCCAAGGUCAAAAAGGUUUAAAACCCCCACAUUAAUGGAUAUUGCUAAAAAGUAAAACAAUUGUUUAUUGUGAAAAGAAUAACAAAAGAGAAAUGGUGGGAAAAAAGAAGCAACGCACUAACAGUUUUUUUUUUUUUAUUAGGAACCCUAAAGUGGCGCUUUGGCCCAAAGGCAAUGUCUCUGUCAUUGGUGUAGAACCCCAGGGCUCACCUCCAUUGAAUCCCAGUUAAGGCGGUUGGUACCUUCCAGUGGACUCACCACCUGCAGGAAGGUUUGGGGGGGUUGGUACGGUGCAAUGUGAUUUGGGUGGAGACUGCUGCCCCUGCGACCCGGUAACGGAUAAGCGGAUGAAAAUGGAUGGAUGGAUGGAGGAACCCUAAAAUUAAGCCAACAACCAAAACAAUGAAUGAUGUUUCUCCCACAUCUGACAACCACGAAUAAAGUUUAUUUUUUCUACUCUU